CGUGACUGUGAGGGGAGAGACGUAACAACUCCCUGCUUUCCACGGCUCCCUUAUUGUAGGGGGUGACUGUGUAACUUGCAAAAAAGAAGACAUGUACUUGCAAGAGAAGAAAUAAGGUUUGUUCUCGCCUUCUCGCACGCAGGCAGCGACACUCAACACUUGAGAGGAGCUGACGUUAACCCGUGUGCAGCAGCGGAGACACGGAGCUGCCACGAAUAGAUCCAGUAUCCACGACCCCAGACCGGGAUAGGACCUCGUGUUCUUCUGGCAGUGGACUCGUAUAUUUCCCCUGUCUUCUCCCACUCCCCGUGUUUGGCUCUAACUCUUGUGUUUUUACACGAAGUGGAUUUGUGUUCAAACUGAAGACAGGACUAGCGGUUCAGAGAAGGAGAGAAAUGCCAACGGCGGUGACAAAGAGGAGAUUCAGUGUUAGUCUUUGAUCCUGUCAGAGUGGGACGUGUCUAGCAGGCGACUGAGGAGGGAGCAGUGCCAACUUGGAACAUGGUGCCUAAUAUUCACCUGGCAGCGCCCCUCCUGCCCAGAGGGGCGUUGCUAUUCCUGCUUCUACUCACCUGCUUGGUGUUCUCCUCUCAUGCAGACAGCAUGCCGAGUUUCGUCAAGUCCCCAGAAGACCAGACGGGCAUCUCAGGAGGAGUUGCGUCGUUUGUGUGCCUGGCCACCGGGGAGCCCAAACCCAGAAUCACCUGGAUGAAGAAAGGCAAGAAAGUCAGCUCCCAGCGCUUUGAGGUGAUUGAGUUUGAUGAUGGCUCGGGCUCCGUACUGCGGAUCCAGCCACUGCGCACACACAGAGACGAAGCCAUUUACGAGUGCACAGCCAGCAACAGUGCUGGCGAGAUCAACACCAGCGCCAAGCUCACAGUGCUUGAAGAGACCCAGAUCCCCCAUGGCUUCCCCACUAUCGAUAUGGGUCCCCAGCUGAAGGUGGUUGAGAAGACCAGAACUGCCACCAUGCUGUGUGCCGCCAGCGGAAACCCAGACCCAGAGAUAACCUGGUACAAGGACAUGCUUCCUGUGGACAUCAGCAGCAGCAACGGGCGCAUUAAACAGCUUCGUUCAGGUGGUACACCAAUUAGAGGAGCUCUGCAAAUCGAGAUCAGCGAGGAGUCCGACCAAGGAAAAUAUGAAUGUGUUGCCUUGAACAGCGCUGGGACCCGUUACUCAUCUCCUGCCAAUCUCUACGUACGAGUACGAAGAGUCCCACCCAGAUUCUCCAUUCCCCCCACCAACCAAGAGGUGAUGCCGGGCGGCAGCGUCAACCUGACAUGUGUGGCAGUUGGCUCGCCCAUGCCCUAUGUAAAGUGGAAGACUGGGGAAACUGAUAUCACCAAGGAGGAGGACAUGCCUAUGGGACGCAACGUGCUGGAGGUCAUCAACAUCCUCGUGUCGGCCAACUACACCUGCGUGGCCAUCUCCCCUCUGGGCAUGAUAGAAGCCACCGCCCAGGUCACUGUCAAAGCAUUGCCAAAGCCCCCCGCCUCGCUCAUUGUGACGGAGACCACAGCCACGAGUGUGACUCUCACCUGGGACUCUGGGAACCCAGAACCCGUCUCCUACUACAUGAUCCAGUACAAAGCCAAGUCCUCAGAGAAUGGCUUCCAGGAAGUGGAAGGUGUGGCAACUACCCGUUACAGCAUUGGUGGACUUAGCCCCUACUCCGAGUAUGAGUUUCGUGUCAUGGCUGUCAACAACAUUGGCCGCGGGCCGCCAAGCGACCCCGUGGAGACUCGCACCGGUGAGCAGGCCCCCUCCUCGCCACCUCUGCAUGUCCAAGCGCGCAUGCUGAGUGCCAGCACAAUGCUGGUGCAGUGGGAACCGCCCGAGGAACCCAACGGGCAGAUCCGGGGCUACCGGGUUUACUAUAGCUCGGAUCUGACUGCUCCGCUCAGCGCCUGGCAGAAACACAACACCGACGACAGCAGCCUGACUACCAUCUCAGGCUUGACUCCUGAUAUCACCUACAGCCUCAGGGUGCUGGGCUUCACCUCUGUAGGAGACGGGCCACCUUCUGACGUCCUGCAAGUCAAAACCCAGCAGGGAGUCCCUGCCCAGCCGUCCAGCUUUGAGGCCGAUGCCGAGCUCGACAACCGCAUCAUGCUAACAUGGCUGUGGCCCGUACAGGACCCCAUAACUAAGUAUGAGCUGGAGUACUGGGAGUCCGGCUCGGAGACCAAGAUACAUGUGAUCUUCGACCCAGCUGGCUCCUAUGCUGUUGACGGUCUGAAGCCUGACACCUCGUACCGCUUCUCUCUGGCAGCCCGAUCAGAGAUGGGUUUAGGCGUCUUCACCCAGCCCAUCGAGGCUCGCACCGCCCAGUCCACCCCAUCCGCCCCCCCUCAGGAUGUACACCUGGUCAGCCUGAGCUCCACCAGCCUCAAGGUGAGUUGGGUGGCCCCGCCCGCCGCUAGCCGCCACGGCGCCAUUGUGCGAUACACAGUCAGCUACCAGGCCAUGGCGGGGGAGGACACGGAGCGGCAUGAGGUGCCAGACAUCGGAGCAGACGCCUCUAGCCUAUUGCUGGAAGGCCUGGAGAAGUGGACUGAGUAUCAGGUGUGGGUGAGGGCUCACACUGACGUGGGCCCGGGCCCCGAGAGUGCCCCAGUGAGGAUGAAAACCAGAGAGGAUGUGCCGGGAGCACCCCCCAGGAGGCUGGAGGUUGAGGCCAUUAACUCCACAGCAAUCCGGGUAACCUGGAAGCCGCCCCUGCAGGGGAAGCAGCACGGCCAAAUCCGAGGCUACCAAGUAAUCUUCUCUCGGCUGGAGAACGGUGAACCUCGUGGCCAGCCUAACAUCAUGGACGUGGCUCUGCCAGAGGCACAGUGGAAUAUUGAGGAGUCCACCGAGCAUGAGGCCAUCAUAGCUGGACUGCACUCUGAAACCACCUACUCUGUCACUGUAGCAGCGUACACCACCAAGGGAGAUGGAGCUCGUAGCAAAGCUAAAGUCAUCACCACGACUGGAGCAGUGCCAGGCAAGCCCAACAUGAUGAUCAGCACCACCAGUGGCACCACCAGUGGCAACACAGCGCUGAUCCAGUGGCAGCCUCCUAAGGAAAUGGUGGGCGAGCUGAUGGGCUUCCAGCUGCAGUACAAGCGCACCGACGAGGAAACCUACACCUCCCGCGAGCUGAGAAAGACCGAGGAACAUUACACCGUCACCGGGCUGCACAAAGGCGCCACAUACGUCUUCCGCCUCAGCGCCCGUAACCGCGCAGGCAUCGGCGAGGCCUACAUGAAGGAGAUCGGCACCGCUGAAGACGUGCCCUCAGGCUUCCCGUUCAACCUCCAGGUGACAGGACUGACCCAGUCCUCCACACAGCUGACCUGGGAGCCGCCGCUGGUGGCCGAGAGGAACGGGAAGAUUGUGUACUACCUGGUUGUGUACAGGGACAUCAACAGCCAGCAGAACAGCACCAACCGCACCUCAGAUACGCACAUGACAAUCCAUGGCCUAAAUCCUGACACCACCUACGAUAUUCGAGUGCAGGCCUUCACCAGUAAGGGCGGGGGACCGCUCAGCCCCAGCAUCCAGAGCAGGACCAUGUCCAUUGAUUUUCCCACCAUAAACUUUGGUGUCAAAGCUGUCAUGAAAACAUCUGUCCUCCUAACCUGGGAUUUGCCAGCAAACUACAAAUCCCAAGUGCCUUUCAAGAUCCUGUACAACCAGCAGAGCGUGGAAGUGCAGGGAAACCUGAAGAGGAAGCUGAUCUCGCAGCUGCAGCCAGACACAGACUACUCCUUUGUGCUGACAAGCAGGGGCAACAUUGCUGGGGGUCUGCAGCAGCAGGUGUCCAUCCGCACUGCCCCUGACCUGAUCAAGACCAAGCCCAACCCACUUCAGGCUAAGGGUGGCAAGAUGACCAUCAACCUGCCAAAGGUCCAGACCACCACACGUGUCAGGUGGUACUACAUCGUGGUAAUGCCUGUGUCCCCGUCAACGCCGCAGUGGAAGAAUCCAGACGAGAUGGACCUGGACGAGCUGCUUAAGUCCAGUGAAGGCCCUGCACUGAGGCGCCGACGUCACCUGGACUCCUCCAAGCCUUACAUCGCUGCCAAGUUUGCCUCCCUGCCAACCAGCUUCAUCGUGGGGGAUGAGAAGAUGAACAACGGCUUCUACAACAAACCCCUGGCCGGAGCGCAGAAGUAUCUCUUCUUUGUCCUGGCUGUGCUCCGAAACGAAGGGACGGACAGCACUUCUAAUUAUAUGACAUUCUCAGCAAGUCCCUAUUCAGACCUGAUCCAGGCCUCUCCGAGCAUAACUCAGGAUAUGGAGCAACCCGAAAUGUUGUGGGUCAUGGGCCCGGUGCUGGCUGUGGUCCUCAUCAUUUUAAUCGUCAUCGCCAUCCUGCUCUUUAAGAACAGCAAACAGGAAAGGAAGCGGGCGUCUCCCCUACCUAAAGAUGAGCAAUCAGGUGGGGUUAAAGACUCCCUGCUGGCCAACUCCUCCGACCCAGUGGAGAUGAGAAGACUCAACUACCAGACCCCAGGUCCCAGCUCUCAUCGCUGCCCCAACACUCCAAGAAUGAGGGAACACCCACCCAUUCCUGUCACUGACCUGGCCGACCACAUAGAGCGACUGAAGGCCAAUGACGGCCUCCGCUUUUCCCAGGAGUAUGAGUCCGUUGAUCCGGGGCAGCAGUUUACCUGGGAGAACUCCAACAUGGAAGUCAACAAGCCAAAGAAUCGCUAUGCAAACGUCAUCGCCUAUGACCACUCCAGAGUGGUGCUCACCUCUGUUGAUGGUAAGGGCUCAGCGGUUCCAGGCAGUGACUACAUCAACGCCAACUACAUCGACGGCUACAGGAAGCAGAAUGCCUACAUCGCCACUCAGGGGCCGCUGCCGGAGACCCUGAGUGACUUCUGGAGGAUGGUGUGGGAACAACGGUCCAACACCAUCGUCAUGAUGACCCGACUGGAGGAGAAGUCCCGGGUGAAGUGUGACCAGUACUGGCCGUCGCGAGGAACAGAGACCUAUGGAAUGAUCCAGGUCACCAUGCUGGACACCGUGGAGCUGGCUACUUACAGCGUCCGCACUUUCGCCCUCUACAAGAACGGCUCCAGUGAGAAGAGAGAGCUGAGACAGUUCCAGUUCAUGGCCUGGCCGGACCACGGGGUGCCCGAGUACCCCACCCCUAUCCUGGCCUUCCUACGGCGGGUAAAGGCCUGCAAUCCUCCAGAUGCAGGCCCCAUGGUGGUCCACUGCAGUGCGGGGGUGGGCAGGACUGGCUGCUUCAUCGUGAUCGAUGCCAUGCUGGAGCGCAUGAAGCUCGAGAAGUCUGUGGACAUCUACGGCCAUGUGACGUGCAUGCGUGCCCAGAGGAACUACAUGGUCCAGACCGAGGACCAGUACAUCUUUAUCCACGAGGCUCUGCUGGAGGCCGCCACCUGCGGAAACACGGAGGUCCCCGCACGCAACCUGUACGCACACAUCCAGAAACUCACCCAGCCCCCGCCCGGCGAGACGGUCACUGCCAUGGAGCUGGAGUUCAAGAGAUUGGCCAACUCCAAAGCCCACACGUCACGCUUCAUCAGCGCCAACUUGCCCUGCAACAAGUUCAAGAACCGCCUGGUCAACAUCAUGCCUUUUGAGUCCACGCGCGUCUGCCUGCAGCCCAUCCGUGGCGUCGAGGGCUCCGACUACAUCAACGCCAGCUGCAUCGACGGCUACAGACAGCAGAAGGCCUACCUGGCCACCCAGGGCCCCCUGGCAGAGACCACCGAGGACUUCUGGAGGAUGCUAUGGGAGCACAACUCCACCAUCGUGGUCAUGCUCACCAAGCUACGGGAGAUGGGACGGGAGAAGUGCCAUCAGUACUGGCCAGCGGAGCGCUCAGCCAGGUACCAGUACUUUGUGGUGGACCCCAUGGCCGAGUACAACAUGCCCCAGUACAUCCUCAGAGAGUUCAAAGUCACAGAUGCCAGGGACGGACAGUCCAGAACAAUCCGCCAGUUCCAGUUCACUGACUGGCCCGAACAAGGAGUGCCAAAAACUGGAGAAGGCUUCAUUGAUUUCAUUGGACAAGUGCACAAAACCAAGGAACAGUUUGGACAGGACGGACCAAUCACUGUACACUGCAGUGCCGGUGUGGGCAGGACCGGAGUCUUCAUCACGCUCAGCAUCGUGCUGGAGAGGAUGAGGUACGAAGGAGUGGUCGACCUCUUCCAGACGGUGAAGACGCUUCGCACCCAGCGGCCUGCCAUGGUGCAGACCGAGGACCAGUACCAGCUGUGCUACAGGGCAGCGUUGGAGUACCUGGGCAGCUUUGACCACUAUGCAACAUAACCACUCCCAGCGAGCAGCCUCCCUGGUCAGACCUCUCAGGAGUGUGCCAAGUGUCCCAUCUCAGCCACCAUACACCCACCUGACCCCCCUAAGCCCCGCCCCCUCACCGCUACUGCAGGGGAGGAGAAAGGGAAGCGCUUGCAAACCCGGCGACGGGUUUAUCCAAUCACAGAGAUCCAUGCCGACUUUACCAACCACAUGAGAUUUUUGCUUUAAAAUAAUAACAGAAACAUUACAAUGACUAUGACAAACGUGACAACUCGUGUACAGAAGCGACAGCUCUGCUCUGUCCAAGCCAAACCUCCCUGAUUGUCAAAGGCUACUGGUAGCACUAAGAGAGCCCUCUCUCUGUUCUUUUUAUGUUCAUUUUACUGUCAAUAUUGUGAUUCAUUUUGUCAAAUGUUAUUGUUUAGCAUAUUUGUUGUUUUUAAUAAUCAUUUUAACAUCAGACAUUAUUUCUGUCUUAAACAGCCCAGCCUGGGGCAAGCAUUAUUAUCAUAAUCGGUACUUUUUGGGGUUUUUACUGUUAUUUUAGGGUACUUUAGCACAAGGGACAUGUAUUUUUAACACGUUCCUAGAUACUAAUACAGGAGGACCCCUGUUCUCUGAGCUGCUGUCAGAUUUCUUUUAUCACAUGACUUUAUUGUUUUAUCCAUUAUGUGUCAUAACCGUUAUGUUUGGUCUUACUCAGUUCAAUAACUCCAAAAAAAAAUUGCCUUGUCACUUGCCAUUUUGGAUAAAAAAAGUCAACUUUAAGAAAACUGAUUUAAGAGCACACACUCGCUAAAGUUUGGCCUGUAAACAUGGUAGCUACUUAAAAAACAAGCAAUGAAUUAGCUAACGAGACACUAAAUCAGAAGUGUACAGAAAUGGAAAGCACAUUAUUUCUACGUGUUUUUUUGUUUGUUAUGUUUCAUCAGAAGCCUAUGGCAUUGAGGCCUUCAUGCUCCACAGCGGAGAAUUACCUGAGGAAAACAGACUUUUGUACCCAACGGGUAGUUGACCGAAAAAUAAACUCCCUGAUCGCUGAAUAAAGUUGCUCUUCAAGUCCCUCCCGUCUCCUCGCUGCCCGUUGGUCAGUUUUCUGGAGGCGAGCGGCUGAGAGGAGCGAGAGCGGCUCACAUGGAGGAGCAUCAAGCUGUACAGAAUCAACCAUUCCUACCAGAGGGGAAAGAGACUCGGCCCUUUGGACUGAAACCUGAUAUUAUUUUAUACUGAAAUAGAACUAUAAAUAUAUAUAUAAUUAUGAUUAUGAUUGAUUAUAUAUAUGUACAAUUACACAUAGAUAUAUACACAGCUUCAAUGGUAUAUUGUUAAAAAGGAUACAUUCUGCUGAUCUACCAACCCUAGAGACAGAGCAGAGAGCCUGCUGUCCUAGAGUGUAUUAAUGGAAACACCGUUGUAUCUACUGUACUACCAUAGUAACUUUGACAGCUGGUUGUCCGUCUGAAUGAGGGAAAACAGCACAACCCCCCACCCAUCAAGAUGGACCACUCCUCACCCAAUCGCACCACUCAAGCACACAUCUUCUCCCACACGAGCCACAGGAGGGAGCGUCUGAAGAGGCCUAAACGUUGUGGUGGCGGUGGGGGGGGCGGCGGUGGGAGGGAGGGAGGGGGGACUUGAAAACGCUGGCGCAAAAGCUGAAAUGUUCAUUUUUACCUUGUGAAUGCUUAGUGCUGUAGGGGUUCGAUCUGUUGUACACACAGUCUGUUUUCUAUUUGUGGAUAAAGAACUGGAAUUUAAAAAGAAACUGUUGAUGAAAAUGAAAAAACAUUGAUGUUAAUAAAGUUAAAUAAUUGGGUUUUUGUACAAAU